AUGCACAAGAAAUUUCGUUCCAAAGAAAGAAAGACGAAUAGGGAAUACAAGAAAGUAGAAAAACAAAAUUCACAAAAUGAGAUUAAAAAAAUUGAAAAACAGGAUAAGUGCGAACAAUUCGAUUACGAUAAAAUUAGAAGAGAAAAUUACAAAACAAAAACUAAAUACACUGACUACAAGGAUCCUUUAAUGGAACAAACUAUCAAGUUUGCCACGGACAUAAUACCUUUAACCAUUCCACCAAGCACAAACGACAUUAGUAAUCCCGUUUAUUAUACUAUAAAGCCUAGUCAACGUAUUAAGAGGAAACACGAACAUUGCCAACAAAAUUUAAAUCAUUACAAAGAUGUCACUUUUAAUAAACAAAAGUCCAAGAGUACGAUAAAAAUCGUAGAUAAAGAGAAAUAUAAAUGUAAUGAAGAAAGUUUCAGUGCCAGAGAAUCCGUUAGUAGGUCCUCGAAAAGUAAUACCUUGGACGAUAUAAACGAAAAUAAGUCGCUAUGUUUCUCACUCUCUGAAUCCACGGAGAGAAAACAUUGUAAAGAAGAUAAUGAGAAGAAAAACAAAAAGAAUGAUCACCAAAAAAUUACAGUCUCAGAGUCUUUUGAAGCCAUCGCAGAAGAAUAUAUGGAUACGAGUGACGCAAAGAUAAAAGUUCACCUCAUGAAUGAUAAAGAAAAACAGUCGCUGUACGAAAAUAUACGAGCACCGGUUGUAAGAGUAAUAAAACAGUGCUUUACAGAAUUACAGAGCAAUAAUGAGGGCAAUUUGGACUUGCAGUAUUUAAACACCGCGAUACAGUCACAAGAAACUAAAUUGGACCGCAUAAUGGGUAAAUUAGACAAAUUCGAGGAACAACUAGAAAUAUUCGGGCAAAUUCUAUUAGAAAAAUCUAAAAAAAAUAAAGUUAAGUCGUCCAAAUUAGAGGAACUCGGUCAAGAUAUAAUAGAAGAAAAUAAUGAAAUUAGUUCUGAAGAAGAAUUAGCUGAAGUUACAUUUAUGAAGAAGAGAAAAGAGAUGCCUACACCAGUAAUAACUAUGGUCAGUGAAAAAGAAGGUAAGAUGAGAGGUGACGAUUUAGCUAAAGGUGAAAAUGUGCCAAAGAAUUAUGAAGUACCUGGUCCUCAAAUAGUCGUUAAACCAGAUAAAUUGAACAGAAUCCCAGCAAGAUAUUGUUGGACUGACACUGUUCAGAAGAUGUAG